AAGCGAACGCCGAGAUUGGAGUCAGCAAACUCAAACAGCUCGGUGCAUAAUUUUGGAGGUGGUGUACGGCCGGCCGCGCAGGAGAGCGUUUAGCUACAUUGUAGCAGCCCAAUGAACAAGGGGGUAGUUCUAUUAGGGUUUAUAGUGAUUCUUCACCAUGACGUCACAUCGAUGACAGUUUGCAUCUGCCAAUCAAAAGUGACAUGAAAUGGCGACGGGUUAUUGGGCAAAGAGGGAAGAAGAGAGAAAGAAGUUUUGAUUAAGCGUUGCAUACACUUGUCUCUCAUACGCUAAUUGUGGAGUCCUUCUCUCUAACGACUAUGCAAAUUGACCGAUUAGCAAGUUAGAUAGGAAUCUCAUCGCUGGAGGAGGGAUCGCAUCACUCGGCGUACAUGUCUUGGUCUAAAACAGAACUUCUCAUUCUCUUGCAGGAUAGCUGACGGGAUCGGCUAUAACACGCCGUGUUCAUGUGGAAAUUCAUUAUUAUAUGAAUCAAAUUCCAACAUCGCUUUCUUCACAGCCUGUUAAAAAGUAACGGACGACAAGACUAAUUUUUCACCUCAUCCUCGUCAAUUUAUUGCAUUCAUUCAGAUCAACUGGGCUUCAUCACCGUUCACUCCUUUUUUCCAUUCUGCCGCAAAGCGUUUUUUUUUCUUCAAAUUUUAACUUGAACGAAAAGUAAAGUCAAGAAAAAAUAUUUUAUCUUUCAUUUCAUGUCUGAGGGGUUGAGAGUGUAUCCCCGGUGUAUCCAUCUUGUUACGCUUUAACUGGUUUCAUGCCCUGUGAACCCCCUAAACGGUACAUAACACUGGUGGUCAGUGCGUUGAUGCGGACGUUUCUUAUUCGACCCUCUCAUUACUACACGUGAAUCAGCUUUACAAACUUAUGAAGCGAAACUUUGAGCAGGAGUUGAAAGUUCAAUUUUGUAUUUCUACUUAUUUCUUGGACUUGAGAACAUAAAUAAUUUAGAGUUUUCUCUGCGAGAAGAACAACGGGAGAUGAAAUAGUAAUUUCUCAAACUUUGAGAAGAACAUCAUCUGAUCCGGCUUUGAAAAGGAUUAUUUAAGGAGAGGAUUGAAGAGUGACAAUUGAAAAAAGAUGUCAGCGGUGGAGUUAUUUCGACCGCCUAUUAGCGGCAUCUCGACAUCAACCAGCAGCGCGACGUCGAAAUCGAGUUGUUUCACGAUAGAGUCACUUGUAGCAAAAGACACAAAUCAUAACAACAACAACAACCACCAUCACCAUCAUCAUCGAGCAAGUCCGACUCCUCCGUCAUCACCGCAAGCUGCAGCUACGGCAUCAACCAUGGAAUCGAACUCGUUAGCCUCGUCACCGUUCACGCCACCGGCGACGAGCCGGCAUGGCGGGAUCAUCAAACCUAUGCCCACCGAGGCAUCAUUCUUUACCUCGCUCAGCGGGAUGAAGGGACUCUACCACCCAGAGCCUAUCUAUCACACCGCCGCCGCUAGCGGGCCACAGUCUCACGUCGGCCCGAUCCAGCAACAACUCGGACUCGCGCAUCAUCAUAAUCUGGCAGCCGCCGCAGCAGCAGCGGCAGCCCAACAUAGUCACCCGGCGCUUGCCGGUGUGUUCGGCGCACACGGUCUUGGUGGGCCGAGGCGUGAUGGUUUUGGACUAUAUCCGUGGUUGCUAGCUAGGAAUCGUUUUCUUGCCGCAGGUCACAGGCCAUUCCCAGGUGAUCUUCCAAACGGUGGAUUCUUUCUCCAACACCCAUUUAGGAAACCCAAAAGAAUCAGGACAGCUUUUUCUCCCUCCCAGCUCCUCCGACUAGAAAAUGCCUUCGAAAAAAACCAUUAUGUUGUAGGCGCGGAAAGAAAACAACUGGCAGCAAGUCUAAACCUUACAGAAACACAAGUCAAGGUAUGGUUCCAGAACAGGAGGACAAAAUACAAGCGAAUUAAAUCUGAAGAAGAAGGGGAACAAGAACCCAAAAAGAAAGGAUCUCAUCAUGUCAAUCGAUGGAGAAUGGAAACCCAGCAAUCUAUCGAAGAUAGAGAAUAAAAAGCCAUUAAAACUCUUUUUACAGAGAUGAAUUUGAAGUAUUUGCGAGGAAAGACAAUCUUAUACUAGAGCAUAUAAAAAGACUCUUUAAAAGAGAUGUUUGAAACUUUGCUGGAAAGUGAAUGAUUUCAUGUUGAGUUUCAUAUUUGAAUUGGACUGCCAAGGAACGAGAAUCGUGGAUGAGAAUGGAGCUCAAAUCGUGGUUCCUGAUUGGUGAAUACAUAUUGAUCACGUGAUUACAUGGUAGUGAUGUUGGUGUGCCUGUUAGUGCAGAGACAAAAUGGCGGCAGUGUGUACAACUUGAAAGUCAUUUCCAGUAAGAACAUUUUGUUGAUUCAAGACGGCAACAGACGGACUACAAUUACAACAUAGUCCUAUGAUAUAUCGGCAAUAUUGUAUACUCUCACCUCACGCCUGGGUAUAAAAAAAUAAAUUACUGAUACUGAAUCACUUUAAUUCAGUUUCAGUUUGGUUUAUUUUCAUAUCUCACAAAAUAUUGAAUACAAUGUAAAGUCCAUCCAAAAAACAAUAAAUUAUUAAUGAUAAAAUAAUUCAAAACAUCGCAACAAUUCAAUAUAAAUAAGGCAAUGCUUAUAACAUUUAGACGGUCCAGAUUGGAGACAAAUAAUUUUAAUAAAAUGAGAAUAUGAAGGAUAAACUAUCAAAAGCAAAGCUUGUAUAGUUUCCCUGUAAAUAAAUAUGUUAUCCAAAAAAGAAAGAGAGAUAGAAAAAAUACCUAAAAGGAAAGAGAGAAACAGGGAAAAGGAGAUAAGGGUAGACUGACAAUUAAGGAACAUUUAUUUGAUUAUUGUAAUUCAUUUACCUUUUCUUUAUUUCUUGCCGAUUUAAUAUGUUCUUAAUAUUGCAUUGAAGAUUUUUUUAAAUAUGAUAUCGAUCUUAUUGUAUAGGAAAUUUUAUAAAAGACCUAUACGUAUAUGCAUAUCGCUUACGUAAUAUUAUGAUACUAUUCAUGAUAAACCUGACUAAGCGAGAGACAAGCAUGAUAUCUAAUAGACAGGUGUCACACAUGUAAAACACUAAUUUAAAAAUAAUUCAUUUCUAUUUUUGUUGGAAGUGAAUGAGCUAAUGAAUCAGGGGAUACUAUUGUAUCGCAGCAGAUUAUACCAUAUUGUAAUACUAACCGCACACGUAUUGCUAUGACAAUCACUUUCAAAAGUUAUUAUUCUUUCAUUUUAAGCCGAGGUCAACUAUAUCCUACUUCAAUCAUGAUGCAUAUUUCUGAUAAAAGGUAAUAAUAGCGAUACUAUCUUUCAAUGUAUGUUUGUAGUAAACGCUGCAUUACGCAACAUCUUUGAUGUAACAUAGUUUUAGUCAUCUUAAAAUAUCUGCAGUGAUUUAUUGCUUUAUUUCAAAAAAAACUCUAUGGUAAUAACUGCUCACUCCGAAUCAUUUCGGCGCACGAUCGAUGUAAAUUGGCAACUGAAUUAGUCACUGUGUUGACUUUGGUAAUUGUAUUAUGAUAGCAAUAAUUCGUCACCUUUUUACCAUAACUAAAUCAAUUGUCCUUGGGAUUGGAUGAAACUUUGAAGGAGGGGAAUUUGCAACAAAAGUGUGUAUUUUCUUGCUACGUUUUGGAGAAUCACUCCCUUGUUUAAUGCAGCAUAAAGUGAAAUUGAUUGGAACAUUUUAUCGCCUUCAUGAGCGGUAUUGUGUCAACCAAAAAGAGCAAGUCGUCGCGAAAGAACGGGUUGUUAGAAUUUGAAAUUUAAGACUUUGCCCAUUGAAGAAAAGGUGACGUAUUUAAAAAGUUGUCCUUGCUUUUUUUUCACUUGGGCGCAAACAAUGUUUAAUUCAUGGUUUAAAGAACAGCUUCUCGGUGAGGAAGAUUCGAAGACCUGAGAUGAAUGCGGUUAUAUAGUAAGGAUAUUUAGUUCAUUUAAGAUAUUUAUUACACCUGUUAAUUCAUUCAAACCUCUAAUAUCAGGAUGAUAGAUUUGCAUAAUCUUUAUUUAGAGAUACUCUGUAGCCGUAUGACCACUUUCGGUACUGAUCAAUCAAAUUAUAAACAGAGGUUUCAUAUGGGAAUCUGGUAUGAUAGGGGUAUAUAUUUGGAAGUGUAUAAAAAGAAAUCAAGACGUGAAAUCUCGUUUAGAAUUUGGGAAACCUUGAAUAUAAUCCUUUACAAAAAAAUUCUUAUUCCUUAAUCAUAUCCCAUGAUAUAAUAUUUAACUUGAAACCAACCUUGAACAUUGAACAUUAAAUUUGCAAUGUAAAUCUACGCAUUUCAACAGGCUUAAUUCCACAGUCAUACUUUCACAUCGGCAUGAUCAGAGGCAUGCACCCGGAGCUCGCCCGUAGUCGGUCGAGCAACUGCUCGACGAUCCAAGCUAAAAUUCGUUUAUAAUGAUGGUAAUUCGCAGGAAUCAGUAUUCGUACACACCGAAUGAUGAUGGUGAAAUGGGAAUUUAUUCAACUGAGAAAGCUUCCUGCUUUUCUCGCUAAUUCCCACCCCCCCCCCCCUAUUCCCUUGGUCAUUUUUUUAGAGGAAAGCUACAGAUGUUGAUUCGUGAUUCAUGCAUAAUGGAACUCAAGUCUAAUUACAUCUCCCUCUUUCUUAAUUCCAACGCUUCUUCCAUCUUCUCACCUAUCUAGCACUAUAAACGAUGUUUUGCGCAAUAAUAUACUUUUCUUUUUAUUUUAUGUUUGUUGUUUAUAAUUUUACUUCAUACCAACGCCAAAACAUUGCUUUUUUCAGUAUGAAAAUCACAUCGAACUAACCUUUUUAUUAAUGAAGGUCAAAAUUUAAUUCAUAUUAUGGUAUGUAAGAUAGAAUCCCUUUUAUGAAUUACAGUAAUUAUAAUGACAUCACAUUGGAGUGUAUUCUUCUGAUAAGCAACACUCUUGACGAUAAUUCAUUUAUUUUCUGCGGGGAUACCGAUCUCUGUGUCGGGUAUAGAAAUGCUCAGGGGUAAAAAUGGCGUUUGUUUAGUUGUGUGGAAAAAAAGAACGUUUCAGGACUUAAAAUUGCCGAUAAUUUCAGUUGUGAAGGCGUUGAAAUGAUUGAUCAACAGGAAGAUAUUGCGCGUUAUUAUGAUUAAAUAUUUUAUUUGACGUUGCAUGGAGAUGCUGAUUUUCGCAUUUCUAAAACACUGCACAUUGACAAAUAUAUUUAUUGACAAAUUCAAGCUGAAAUAUUAUGAUAAAGUCAUACCAUUUACCAUGUUUACAGCAAACGAAUAUUGUGACUAUCACGUACUACAGUAACUGUACAAUUCCUUAUGGUGUUUUUUGUGUAUAGAUUUUAUUAAUUGAUAUGUAUAUGGAGACAAUUAUUUGGUGCUUGUUAAUCUAUGUCCCCAAUAUGGGCGUUUUGUAGCCAUAGAAAAACUAUUUCUUCUCUUUAUUUAGAUUGAAUUUUUGUCGGUAUUUUUCCAAAUGAUUUAUUGUUCAAUUUCAUGAUUUUUUUUUCUAUUUUGGAGCAUCUAUCUAUGUGCGGGUAAACCGGAGCUUGAUCGAAUACUGUCAGAGAGAUUGUGAUAUAAGAAUGAUUACGUACUAGCUUGUUUGGUGAAAUAUUAAAAGAUUCGAUUUUUCAUGGACCAAGGAAA